AUGGCGUCCGCGGGGACUAGGCUCCGGCGUGCUGUCGUAUCAGUGCCGUUUCUUUUUAUCGCAGCUUUCUGCUUGCAUAUCAUGGAUCCGAGUACGAUAGUAGCAUUUCAACAGCCAUUCGCCGACUCUGGAGUAAUCGAAUGGGAUGGCGGGAAGAUCCCCAUAAUAGACAACUUCCAUGGGAUAUAUUUCCUUGAUAACAUAUUUCGCGGAGGAAUGGCAACCUUCUCGGCUUCGACAUUCGGAUACGACCCUGUGGCUUGGUGGCAGAUUUUCUCUUUCCUUACCGACCUCGGGCCAGUAUAUGCGAUAUGGAUCCUAGAAUCCUACCGUGUCGGUUACGCUUACACGCCUGCCUAUUUGUGA